ACUCCAGCUCCUCUGGGCGGACGCUUCCACUCUAAACCACCGCCUCUUUCUCCAACUGCACUGGGACAGAUUUAUGCUUCAGUUUUUUUUUAUUAUUUAUGAAAACCCGUCCGCCCUGCAGCACCCCUCUAGGACGGCGUGACCGCGUCAAUGAAGUGUGAAGACGACAUGGGAAGCCCCGUGUACCCGAGAUGACCGAUGAUUUGGUCCAAAUAAUCACUUCUUUUUGUCGCCAGAGAGGGAAACUUAAAACAAGGCUUGUUUUUGGAGUUCCACCUCCCCUCCUCUCUCCCCGUAGGAUUUGAUUCAAAGGCGAAAACCAAGAUGGCCGCCGACUCCGUGCAGGGGGAUGCCAGGGGCCAGCUGGUGGCAGAGCGACUGGGUCUGGGACACAACCUGGACCUGUCCGACACAAUGGUUCAACAGAAGCUGGACGAGAUCAAGGAGCAGAUCCGCCGCGAGAUCCGCAAAGAGCUGAAGAUCAAAGAAGGUGCCGAGAACCUGCGAAAGGUCACCACAGACAAGAAGAGCCUGGCUUAUGUCGACAACAUGCUGAAAAAAUCCAACAAGAAGGUGGAGGAGCUUCACCAAGAGCUGCAAGAGCUCAACGCCCACAUUGUGGUCAAAGACCCUGAAGAACUGCUAGAAUGCCCUUUGACCCCAGAUACUCCCAACAGUGAGGUGAGACUGUGCACCAGCAGCAGCCACCUCGCUGCCCUGAAAAGACAGAAUGACAUCGAGCUAAAGGUGAAACAGGGUGCCGAGAACAUGAUUCUGAUGUACUCCAACGGGCCCUCCAAGGAUCGCAAGUUGCUAGCGACUGCCCAGCAGAUGCUUCAGGACAGCAAGAUGAAGAUCGAGUUCAUCAGGAUGCAGAUCCUCAAGGCCAGCCAGGCCAGCGAGCUGAGCUUCGAGAACAAUGAUGUGAUGGACAAGCCCAUCAUCAGCCCGUUGGACCUUCGGGUGGAGGAGCUGUGUCACCACGCCAAGAUAGAAUCCGCUGUGGCAGAGGGAGCCAAGAACGUCAUGAAACUCCUGGGCUCGGGAAAAGUCACAGAAAAGAAAGCCCAUUCAGAGGCCCAGGCUCGUUUUAACGAGUCCAGUCAAAAGCUUGACCUCCUGCGAUAUUCCUUGGAGCAACGCCUCAAUGAGUUGCCUAAAAACCACCCUCGCAGCAGCAGCAUCGUGGAAGAGCUUUCCCUGCUGGCGUCACCGGUCCUCAGUCCCCGAUCCAGCAUCAUCUCCGCGCAGAACCAGUACAGCACCGUGACUAAGCCCGCUGCACUCACAGGCACGUUAGACGUCAGGCUCAUGGGCUGUCAGGACCUUCUGGAGAAUGUCCCAGGUCGUUCCAAAGCUGCAUCUGUCCCGCUGCCCGGCUGGAGCCCCAGCGAGACGCGCUCCUCCUUCAUUAGCCGAGCGAACCGAAACCGCGGUGUGAGUUCCCGGAACCUGACAAAGAGCGAGGAGCUCUCCAAUGAGAUCAGCGCGGUGUUGAAGCUGGACAACACGGUAGUCGGCCAAACGAGCUGGAGGUCGGUCAGUAACCAGGCCUGGGACCAGAAGUUUACAUUGGAGCUGGACCGGUCUCGUGAGCUGGAGAUCUCGGUGUACUGGCGUGACUGGCGUUCGCUCUGCGCUGUCAAGUUCCUGCGACUGGAGGACUUCCUGGACAACCAGCGUCAUGGGAUGUGCCUGUACCUAGAGCCACAGGGGAUGCUGUUUGCUGAGGUAACAUUUUUCAAUCCCGUCAUUGAGAGACGACCAAAGCUGCAAAGGCAAAAGAAGAUUUUCUCAAAGCAGCAAGGUAAAACCUUCCUGCGAGCCCCUCAGAUGAACAUCAACAUCGCCACGUGGGGCCGCCUGGUGAGAAGAGCCAUACCCACCGUCAGCACCAACUCCUUCAGCCCGCAGGCGGUGGAGACUGGGCCUAGCAGCCUGCCUGGCUCACCCACACCCAGCAGUGACCCGCUGGUGACCAAGCUGGACUUUGACAAAGAGCCCACCCCAGGACCCAAACAUUACCCAGCAGCCGAUGACAUCCGAGAACCACUGGUGCAGGACAAGAUUCCCGACAAGGAGGAAGUACAGGAUGCACUCGCCUCGUUUGAUUUCUUGAACAAGAGGAACAGCAUGGCGCUGAAGCCAGACCUGGACCGCGCGCUGGAGCAGGAGAUGCAGCAUCCAGACCUGGAGCUCAUUGCCAUCCAGAAAGACACCGAGAUAAGGGAAGAAGAGCAGUUCCACUUCAGUCUCCAAGACUUCAAAUGUGUAGCAGUCCUUGGACGGGGUCACUUUGGAAAGGUGUUGUUGGCAGAAUAUAAAAGCACAGGAGAGAUGUUUGCUAUCAAAGCGCUGAAGAAAGGAGACAUUGUGGCUCGCGAUGAAGUGGACAGCCUGAUGUGCGAGAAGAGGAUUUUCGAAGCGGUCAACAGCGUCCGCCACCCGUUCCUGGUCAACCUGUUUGCGUGUUUCCAGACGCAGGAGCACGUGUGUUUUGUCAUGGAGUACGCGGCGGGAGGCGACCUGAUGAUGCACAUCCACGCUGAUGUCUUCUCUGAGCCCAGGGCCAUAUUUUAUGCCGCCUGCGUCGUAUUGGGAUUACAGUUCUUACAUGACCAUAAGAUUGUGUACAGAGAUUUGAAGCUGGAUAACCUGCUGCUGGAUACGGAGGGCUAUGUUAAGAUCGCUGACUUUGGGCUUUGCAAAGAAGGAAUGGGUUUCAGGGACCGCACCAGCACGUUUUGUGGCACGCCAGAGUUUCUAGCUCCCGAGGUGCUGACUGAAACGUCGUACACCCGAGCCGUGGACUGGUGGGGGCUGGGCGUCCUCAUCUUUGAGAUGCUGGUUGGGGAGUCGCCCUUCCCCGGUGACGACGAGGAGGAGGUGUUCGACAGCAUCGUCAACGACGAAGUGCGCUACCCACGGUUCCUCUCCACCGAGGCCAUCUCCAUCAUGAGGAGGCUUUUGAGGAGGAGUCCAGAACGACGACUGGGAGCAGGAGAAAGGGACGCAGAGGAAGUGAAGAAGCAUCUAUUCUUCAGGAGCAUGGAUUGGAACGGACUGUUGGCUAAGAAGGUGAAGCCGCCGUUCGUGCCGACUAUUCAGGGCGCCAACGACGUGAGCAACUUCGACGACGAAUUUACCUCAGAGGCUCCGAUCUUAACCCCGCCCCGGGAACCCCGAGCGCUGAACUCGGACGAGCAGAACAUGUUCUCUAACUUUGAUUACAUCGCCGACUGGUGUUAGCUUAGUCCGGGCCCCAUGUCUACACACACACAAACACACACACACACACACACACACACACACACACACGCAUAAUCUCACACACAAACACACACACUGUGAACCAACUAACACAGCGAUGACUGUAGCUCACAUCAAUUUUUAAAACGUUCCUCUUCCUUGCCCAAAAUGUGGAGGAGGAGGAGGAGGAGGGAGGAGGAGGAGGAGGAGGAGAAGGACCGAGCGCGGCUCCCUCCCUGAGCCUUCGGGCAAAAACUCUGUGCCAUUGAGAAGAAAGUCCAGAAGCCUCCCGUGGAC